GUUUCUGCCCCCCUUUCUCUCUCUCUCUCUUGCUUCCUCUCCAGCCUUCCCUCCAGUUUGGUGUGUGCAAAAAAAGUCUCAGGGCUGCUCGGAACUUGUUGGCAAUGCCUGGCGUACAGAAGCCCCCCUCAUUUCCCCAAGUCCCACUUUAAGGAAAGAAAGAAAGAAAGAAAGAAAGAAAGAAAGAAAGAAAGAAAGAAAGAAAGAAAGAAAGAAAGAAAGAAAGAAGAUCUGCAAUCGCAAAUGGUUGUACUAAAUAUAGGAUGGGACUUAAGUUGAACGGCAGAUAUAUUUCUCUGGUCCUUGCUGUGCAGCUAGCAUACCUGGUCCAGGCAGUCAAAGAGGCGAGCAAGUGCGAUGCAGUCUUUAAGGGCUUCUCGGAUUGUGUGGUCAAGAUGGGCCAAAACAUUGCCAGCUAUCCGCAAGACCUGGAUGACAAGAAAAAUCUCGAAACAAUCUGCCGGUACUGGGAUGACUUCCACUCCUGCACCCUCACAGCCCUUACGGAUUGCCAGGAAGGGCUGACAGACGUCUGGGAAAAACUGAGAGAGAAAUCCAAAAAGCUCGACUACGAAGGCAACCUGUUUGUCCUCUGCGGCAAAACCAACCGAGCAGCCUCGUCCCUCGUAGCCUCUGCCUCCCCGGUGCUGUUGGUGGCUCUUUCCGCCGCGCUGGCGACUUGCAUCUCCAUGUAGAAGGCCCUUCACGUCAACAGCACGCCGUCCACACGACACGGAAUUCCCCACCUCCCCCGGCCCACCCUUCCCUCCGCCGCCGUUUCUCUCUUUCUCCAGGAACUGGAUUUACAGAGGAAACGUCUGGGCCCCUGGCUUGGAGUGGAGGGGGGCAGCCUUCCCCCCAAAGAACGGGGGAAACGCCUGUUGUGAAGUCUCCGUGAUGCUGGUGAUCCCAACAUCCAUCCUGGGGAAGGACUGGGGGGAAAAGAGAGA